GACGCCGGAAUUUCACGUUGCAGAGAUCGUUCUCUGUAGUUCUCUGUGACGAAACCACGCAGGUGACGUAUCGUACCUUUGCCCAGCGUCCAGCGGUAGCAAUGUGGUGAUAAUAAUCAUGAUAUCCCGAAUCAUCCGGCCUCGCGUACAACGUCGGCUCCGGUGUAGAUACCGUUUGCCAGGCAAAUGCUAACCGCGGGCAGUCCAACGGAUCAAGCUCUUCUCCGGACAGAAAUCAGCUAACGCGCCUACGAGCGACAGCAGCAGUGAGAACCUCGGACCGGCUGAGACAAAAAAAAAGAAAAUCGACCAUCCAUUCAUUCAAUCGAAGCCGCAGCGACCAGGAUGUGCUAAGGCCAAGAUGAAACCCCCGGCGAACGGCGCCGCGCUGAAGAACAGCCAGCACCCACCGCAUUACUACCCUGAACUGCCGAUAGAGGUGGAGGAACGGCUCGAAAAGCUUUUCAAGAAGUUGGACGUGAACGAAGAUGGGCAGAUUGAUAUCAAGGACCUCACCACGGGCCUCCGCAAACUCGGACUACCGCACAGCCCAGGAAGCGCGGAGAAAUUCAUUCAAGCCUCGGACACAGGCAAGGAUGGCAGUGUCAGCUUUGCGGAGUUUGUCCAUUACAUCAUCGAGCACGAGAAGAACCUCAUGGUUGUCUUCAAAAGUUUGGACGCAAAUAGGGACGGUACAUUGGAUGCCACCGAAAUACAGACUUCUUUCCAACGCCUGGGGGUAAACAUAGACUACGACGAGGCCGUUCGGCUACUUAGGAGGAUGGACAAGGAUGGAUCUCUGUCAAUCAGCUUCGAAGAGUGGAGAGACUACCUGCUCUUCCAUCCUAGUUCGGAGAUUCACGACAUCAUCAGCCACUGGAGGCACGCCACCUACGUCGACAUAGGCGAAGACACACUGGUGCCAGACGACUUCACGGACGAAGAGAUCCACACCGGGAUGUGGUGGCGGCACUUGGUGGCCGGCGGAGUGGCCGGAGCCGUCUCUCGAACCUGCACUGCCCCGCUGGACCGACUCAAAGUGUUUCUACAGGUGAGGGGGAGUGAGUUCCGGUCAAUCCAGCAGUGCUUGCGGCACAUGCUGAACGAGGGAGGCGUCGGUUCCCUCUGGCGUGGCAACGGCAUCAACGUCAUCAAGAUUGCGCCCGAGAGUGCGCUCAAGUUCCUGGCUUAUGAGAAGGCCAAGAGGUUUAUCAAGGGGGAUUCAAGCCGGGACCUUCACAUGUUUGAGCGCUUCUUUGCCGGCUCCCUCGCUGGCAGCAUUGCCCAGACGACCAUCUACCCCAUGGAGGUGCUCAAGACUCGACUGGCUUUGAGGAAGACCGGCCAGUACAAGGGCAUAGUGGACGCGGCGUACAAGAUUUACGCCAACGAGGGGCUGCGCAGCUUCUACAAGGGCUACCUUCCCAACCUCCUAGGCAUUAUCCCCUAUGCCGGAAUCGACCUCGCCAUCUACGAGACUCUGAAAAAGCUGUACCUGAGGAGGCACGACCUGACCGACGACCCCGGCAUCCUGGUGCUCCUAGGCUGUGGCACCAUCAGCAGCUCCUGUGGCCAGGUGGCCAGCUACCCACUGGCCCUGGUCAGGACAAGGUUGCAGGCACAAGAUAGCAGGAAGGAAAAAGGCUCCAUGAUUGGUCUCAUCAAGGGCAUUGUCCGCACAGAAGGCUUUGGAGGCCUCUACCGAGGCAUCACGCCCAACUUCAUGAAGGUGGCCCCCGCGGUCAGCAUCAGCUACGUCGUCUACGAACACACGCGGCGAGCGCUGGGCGUCACCAUGACGUGAGGUCCGUGGGCGGCGGCUGGCGCGUCUCGGCGAGAAGAGAUCCUUUCCACGAGUGUUCGAACAAUGGCCGUCGUGUUGCGUGCCGAAGGCAAAAACCCGCAUCUUUCCCACAUUUCCAAGCUUGCAGGAGUUACGUUGCGGUUCUUGGAAGGCGUCUCUGACAGGUCCUUUUACCGCAUCCGAAAGAAUGGUCCCUUGAUUUCUCACCGGGCCACGAUCCUGGCGGUGUCGCAGUAGUGGUGGUGGAUGUGGCAGAUGCCUGUUCUGCUGGAGGUCGCUUUCCAGCUGGACGCUCCGCGGAAGCUCCGGCAGCCAGAAGGUGGAACGCCGCAACAACGGCGACAUCCAACGGCGUGACAGUACGGCUCUCGUUACAUCAUCUGUUGCCACUUCAGGACUGCUUUCGACAAGUGGGCGGGAUGGGACGCGAAAUACAUUGUAGGAGACGCCUUCCAGGCACUGUUGUUACGUCGAGGCGAAGACCGUCGGCAACAAGUGCGGGAGAGAACAAACGAAAAAUCCUACACAGUGGCGUUGCCUGCGGUUGUAGCGUUCAUCGUAGUUCCGCUUCGAAGCAGUGGUUUCGGGUCGUUUGGAGAGGCGACCAAGCCCCGGCUUUGCCGGAGCUUUGAAAGAGACGGAGAAGUUAGGAAUCCCAGUGGUAAAAUCGGUGUGCGUUUGCUUCUUGCCCGGCGGAACGAAAAUUUUGAAUUGGGCGUCCGGAUGCUUAGGAUUUGAUUUGUUGCGUGUGUGUAAUGUGUACGUGUGGCGAGGUCGCCGUUUCUGUGGCAGGGUUUGACGUGUGAGGAGGUGCGUGUACGUUUGUUUUGUGCCCCACGUGCUGUUAGUGUUGAUGCACAUCACUGUGAUAACAAAGGCUUCUGCAUCUUUAUUCCGGGAUUGUUUUUUUACUUUUCAUCUCCUGGAGGUUUGCGUGGCUUGGCGAGCACUCGGGGGGUUUGAAACGAGUAUAUUUUUGUGUUCUGUACAUAAUGCCACAUAGAUGCGAAUACAAGUACACAAAGUGUAUGCUUUGGUGCUUGGAGCCCUCAAUGACUCUUCUCCCAACUGAUCUUACAUUGAGGGGUGUUAGUUUUGUUUUUUUUAGAACCUGUUCUGGGAAAAAAAUGUCUGCUUUGGGCAGACUCUAUAUGCUAUUUAUUGUGAGGUGUGUACAGUUGUUGCCUUAAUGGUCGAGGACGGAGAGUCUGUCCAAGGAGUUGGUAACUCUGUGUGCAAUUGAGACGGACAAAGCUGUUUCAAUGGUAAGCUUGAAACUGCCUACAGCUUGAAGAAAGAGAGGGUCUGGUUAAAAAUUAAUGUGGCUGUAGCCGUGCACCAAGCUUUACACAUUAUCGUCGAGCAAUGUUGAAAAAAAGCUAUGUGUGUGUAUACUUAAAAAAAAAAAAGGACCUCCCUACAGUUUUUCCAUUCCAACUUUUUACAACUUCUGCUUCUUCACUAUAAUGCUGUCAAAACUAAGGUUUAAAUCUUGCUAAUAAUAGAUUUAUCUUAAAUAUACAAACAUAUAUAUAUAUAUA